UGACCAACGGAACGAAACGGGGGAAGAAAAACAGUACACGAGCACGAUGGCCACAGCACGAGCGCUCCGUCUCUUCGCCUCGAGCUCGCCAGCGACCCGGCGCAGCCUGCUAGGCGCGCACGGCCGCGCGCUGUCCGCGUCGUCUCAAGCCAGCGGCGCGGGCGAUCCCGCCGUGCACUCUGGCGACCCGCCGAGCGACGACUACGCCGAGGGGCCCCCGAAGUUCUCCGGCGCGGAGGAAGCCACCUCGGGCGGCCACGACAAGCACCCGUCAUCGGCGAAGGCGACGCGUCCGACGGAGGCGUCCGCGAAGGAGCGGGUCCCGCCGUUCACCCCCUCGGGGAAGCUCGGGUCGCAGGAGCUGGCGGACCCGGCGGCAGGGUCCACGUUCACGCAGAGGCGCCGGUGGUCCUCCAAGCCCGCCGGCAGCGACCCGCUCGGCGACGCGACGCCCGGGGACGAGGAGGCGGCGGCGAGGAAGGUGCGGGAGGAGGACCGGGAGUACUACCGGAUGCACAAGCCGUCGCCGCUGGCCGAGGUGGAGUUCGCGGAUACGAGGAAGCCGGUGACGCGCGCCACGGACGGCGGCGCCGAGGACCGGCUCGAGCAGGACGUGCCGGGGACCAUGGUGGAGGACACCGCGGACGCGUCGCUGGCCCGGGCCGAGGCCAUGUUCCGCGAGGCGGCUUCGCGCGGCAACCCCGCGUGGCCGCACUCCCGCGCGCUCGCCGCCAUGCUGGCCCGGCAAGGCGGAGAGGGGGCCGAUGGCGCCGGCGGCGCCGCGCCCUGGGGAAGCUAAGCUGGUUCGUGUCUGGCUCGCGUGACCGUGGCGCGCGCGCGCGGCACUGACGCUCCUGUAAGGAUAGGAGUGGAGUGUAGAAUAUAGGUCGCUACAAUCGUGUAAAAUAGAAGCAGUACCACUGAAUAAAGUUUGCCAGAGAAUGUAAAUAUGCUGGCUUGAUGUUAA